AUGGAAGACAAGACGCGCGAAGCGUUCCUCUUCCCGUUCCACGACGCGAGCUGCGACAUAGGCAAGCUGUCGUUCCACCUGAUAGUGUUGGUGACACUGGCGGCGCCGCUGUUCCUGGUGUGGAGCGCGUGGCGCCUGCUCACGGGCCUGAUGGCGUUGCCACACACGUGUACCAGCUGUGACAUAGGCAAGCUGUCGUUCCACCUGAUAGUGUUGGUCACACUGGCGGCGCCGCUGUUCCUGGUGUGGAGCGCGUGGCGCCUGCUCACGGGCCUGCUGGCGUUGCCACACCACGUGUACCAGGUGGGAGACGACAUGGUCUUCCACUUCUGCCAGAGGCUCAUGAUCGCGCUCCUGGAAGGCGUCGUCGGCGUUAAGGUGUUGUUCUAUGGAGACAUCGGAGACAUUGUGCAGAAGAAAGAGCGGGCUUUCUACAUCGUCAACCACCAAAGCUCCUUCGACUGGAUUGCCGUGAGCCUGCUGGCCGAACGCACGGGAUGCACGGGUAACCUGCGGUUCAUAGUCAAGAAGACCAUACAGUCGGUUCCGCUACUCGGCUUCUACUUUCACCAGCAUGGCUGUAUCUACAUCAACCGGCAGCAGCUAAACCACUUUAAGAUGAAGCAAGGCCUCUACUACCUCCAGAAUAAAUUCAUACAGUCAAGCGUGGUGCUGUUUCCCGAAGGCAACCGGUUCAUCCCCGGCAAAAUGGACGUCAUCAAGAAAAGCACGGAGUUCGCUGUUAGCCAAGGUCUUCCGAUACCCCGCCAGCAUCUGAUGCCCCGUGCGCGGGGUUUCGUGCUCACCGUAGAGGAGAUGCGGAACUACCUGGACGCGGUGUAUUGCGUCACCAUCAUCUACGGCGGCACCAAGAUGCCCCACGGGGGCCGCAGGGCCGCACCCAACAUCUGCGACAUGUUCACCGGAAAGUGCGGUGUGGUGCACAUGCACAUCAAGCGAACGCCCAUCAAUAGGCUUCCCGAUGAUGACAACGGACUCAAGAAGUUCAUCUUCGACGCCUUCUACGAGAAAGACAAGAUGCUCACCGCGUACUACGAAUCUGACGAGACCCCGCCCGAGCUCCAGAACCCGGUGUUCGUGCCGUGCGAGCACGUGCACAGCAAGCUCGUGUCCGUGGCCGCGGUGUUCACCGUCAGCUUCCUCUUGCUGACGCCGGGAGGCCGCGCCUGCGUCUGGAUGACCUGGCUGUACGGCUCCAUCUUCGGAUACUCCUGGCUCGGAAUGAACUCGGUCGCGUGAGCCGCGCCUUCGGCCACGUGCGGUCUCGGACGCGUACUCGCUCUCGGACUCGAGUCGUAGCUCGGGG